GACCAAUAUUAUUACUCCCUAUUAUAAAUGGUCUAUACAUAUAAUUCCUAAAGCUUUUCUUCUUCUUCUUCUUCUUCCCAUCUCCAAUCUCCAUUCAGAUGAUGUCUUGCGGCCUGAACUUAAAGGGCCUCCUCCGCCCCGCCGCCGCCACAAGAAAGCUGUUGAAGCUCUUCUCCACCCCCUUCCGACUCCGCCGCCUCACCCCCAGAUCCAAAGUCAUCAAGAAGCCGCCCGUCGUCAAUAAGAAGAACAAGCCGCGUCCAACGCUGCUGUUCGACGCGGCUGCCCCCAGGAAGACCGGAGCUUCCGGGUGGCGGCCGGGGGCAAGCAGAACCCGCGGGAAGCGCCGCAGGUUCCGGUUCUUGCCGGCAGGCAAGAAAAGGGCGGCGGGGCCCGUUUACGUCGAUCAGCUGUUCGUGGCCCCGCCCCCGGAGAAUUCCCGCCAUCAUCAUCAGCUUCUGGGAACAGAUAAGUUCGCAAAAGCUGAUGAUGAUGAUCAGAGUGUUGGUCCUGGUCAUGUCUUAAUAAGAUCAUGCGACGAAAACGAAGGGGGUGUUGGGGCGGAGGCGGAUGCGAUUUGGGAAGCGAUGGUAGUAUCAUCGCCGGAGAUGGAGGGAAUAGACGAGAGGGCGGAGGCGUUCAUAUCCAGAUUCCGUGCACAAAUGAAGCGUCAAUAAUAGAGAACAUUCUAUAUAUUUUCUAUUCGGUCCAAACGACUAUUAUAUUGUAUGAUAUUGUAUUGUAUUGUAUUGUACUAUGGCAAAUUGUGAUAUACGUACAAGUAGCGAAUUCCCAUUGUUGUUUAGCUUCGGCAAAAUAAUGCACAAAUGUCAUGCACAAACGCAAUAAGUACUUCAACUAUUGCAGCAACACACAAGAAAUUGUACACAUUUAG